GCCUCGCUCACUCGUCGUCCGGCGCGCGUCCGAAUCGUAGGAGUUGUUCUCCUCUUCCUUUUAUUAACCCGUCUCUCACGCCAAACCACCCAACACACAAAAUGUCUGGUCUUGGGGAUCCAGUUGCCUUCGCCAAGGAUUUCAUAGCCGGCGGCGUGGCCGCCGCUAUCUCGAAGACGACGGUCGCUCCUAUCGAGCGUGUGAAGCUGUUGCUGCAGGUACAGCACAUCUCCAAGCAAAUCCCGGAGGAUCAGCGUUACAAGGGUAUGGUCGAUUGUUUUGUGCGCAUUCCAAAGGAACAAGGAUUCGCGAGCUACUGGCGUGGUAACUUUGCCAAUGUCAUCAGAUACUUCCCAACUCAGGCUUUGAACUUCGCCUUCAAAGACAAGUACAAGCAAAUUUUCCUUGGCGGCGUUGACAAGAACACCCAGUUUAUGCGCUAUUUCCUUGGCAAUCUUGCAUCUGGUGGUGCUGCUGGAGCUACUUCCCUCUGUUUUGUCUACCCACUUGACUUUGCUAGGACCAGGUUGGCGGCCGAUGUAGGCAAAGCUGGAGGAGAACGUGAAUUCACUGGUCUUGGAAACUGUUUAACAAAGAUUUUCAAGACUGACGGUCUUACCGGUCUAUAUCGUGGAUUCGGUGUAUCGGUACAGGGUAUCAUCAUCUACCGUGCAUCUUACUUUGGUUUCUAUGACACUGCCCGUGGUAUGCUGCCAGACCCCAAGAAAACACCAUUCCUUGUCUCAUGGGGUAUUGCUCAAGUCGUAACCACCGUCGCUGGUAUCGUAUCUUAUCCAUUUGACACAGUACGUAGGCGUAUGAUGAUGCAGUCCGGCCGUGCUAAAUCCGAAAUUUUGUACAAGAGCACUCUUCAUUGCUGGGCCACUAUCUACAAAUCGGAAGGUGGCAACGCAUUCUUCAAGGGUGCUUUCUCAAACGUUCUCCGUGGUACUGGUGGUGCGCUCGUAUUGGUACUUUAUGACGAAAUUAAGAAUCUCCUCUAAACUGUUGAAAUGAUCCUUACCUCAUUACCUUCACAAUCACAAUUGCAAAAAUACCAUCUUUAUUACCCUCACCAUCCGAUUUGAAAGCAGUUAUCAGACAAAGUGAUUCCCAGGAUCACUAUCAAGAACAUUAACCAACUGUCGAGAAAUUCAGAAACGAUUCAGACUGAGGUGUUUCGGUAGUAACCUGUGAAAUGCAUGAAACUCGGCAGAAAUGUGUAUCUUGAUUGUAGAAGAGAAUUCGCUUAAUUUAUUGCCGGAUUCAGUAUUUUCUUGCAGCGGUUCACAUGUGCUAUUUUCAUAUUCCAUUUUCACACAAAAAAAAAGAGGAGAAAAGACAAGAUAUAUUCAAAAUAUAUCUGGAGCUAAAGAUGCAAAUUAACAGCAUAAUGGACAUAUGAAACGUUUAAUACAUGUGACCAAGUAGACGAUGGUUGGGUCACUAAGUAGUGAAGAUAAGUAUCCAAAAUACGAGCGUAUACAUACAAUUGAGCGAGAGAAGGGCGCGCGACGAAAUAUCAUUACGGCGAAGGCAGGGCGCGUAGACUUGGGCCGCCCCCUGCCCUUAUUCUCGGCCCGUUGUAGAUAAAUAAUAAACGAUCAUGGUAACAGCGAUGUUCAUCGAGUUUCAGUGAACAAUAAUUUAAUUUCGCACUACAAAUAACUACGUGUAAGAUAAUGAGAAGCGUUACUCAAUACACAUGCAUCUAAUCUGUUCAUGUUAGGAUGCGUGCAGAGUAAACGGCAGAAUCAAUAAAAAUGAUCUAAAAUUUCAAAA